AUGGACGACUUGAACGGGCUGAGUUGGUCCUCCAACUCAGAUGCGCCCGCCAACAAACCCCCUCCAAUGGGCUCUGGCUUCAUGUUCCCCAAUGUACGAUCAAAUGGCACCUCUGGUCGAUCGACACCAAUGUCCGCUGCUUCGAACCGUUCCAAUUCGCCGGCCAAACCCGCCACCUCUACCGGAGACAGCUUUGCGAAUCUAGUGUCCUUCAACUCCUCCAACAACAAUAAGAACCUCUCUCUCCUGGAACAACAGAAGCGCAUGCAGGAAGAAAAGGCCAAGCAGGAAGCUGAAAAGCCUUUGAACAAGGUCGCGCUCGCAGCCAGGCCCCGACACCGGUUUCGCAAACCAUCUCGCCCCCCCGCUGAGAAGGAAGAGGAUAUACUAGCCGCUUUCAACGCCGCGGCACCGGUCGAUGCGUCAACGAAUUUCCCUAUCCCCCACUCAACUUCAUCUCCGCGGAUAGAUGCUACUUCUCGGCAAGGCACACCAAGCGCAGGAAUCAUGAUGCAGGAUAACACGAGUGGCUUAGAUGCGUUAGGCGACGACGACGAUCCCUUUGGUCUUAACCAAUUGAAACCAAAGCCAGCACUUGCACCCCCUGCGACUCAAGAUGAUGACGACGACUUCCUCGGGCUUUUAGGCAAACCAGUGUCUGAGAUCCCUCGUCAACCAAGCCCGCAAGAACAAACGCUGCCUUUCAACAAUGACCGCGAGCAAAAUCCAUCUCCUAUGCCAUCUAGUGAUGAGGAUCGGGCUAUUGCGGAAUUAGUCGACAUGGGAUUCCCUGCGGACAAGUCCCGCCAAGCUCUCAGAACUACGCACUCGGGGACUGAUAUUCAGGGUGCAGUUAGCUACCUUUUGACAUCAGCACAUGCCGAGGCUCGACAAAAGACACAGGGCCGGGAACCGUCGAAUGGGCCAUCCGAUAACCGAGGAGACAGAAGUCAAAGUCGCAAUCGCGAUGGCCCUUCAUGGAUGCGGGAAGGGAGAUCGCACCAGUCGCGUGAGGAUAACCGAAGCCCGGGCGCCGCAGACAAGGACCCUGCUCAGGUGGCUUCUCAAUUUGGUAACAACCUGUUGAAGACUGCGGGCUCAUUCUGGAAAGCGGGAAGCAAGAAAUUCCAGCAGGCUGUGAAUGAGUUUAAUACGGAACACGACUCAGGCCAGCCCAAGUGGAUGAGAGAUGCAUCCUCUCCACACGAAGAGCCACUUCCCCCGCGGCCUCCCCGACGUGGAGAAACUGGACAGCCACAGAGCAGUGUCACUGAUGAAGCGAUGCUCCUAGAAGGUGGAAAUUCAGGUCCUCCCCGAAAGCCUACACGCCCGGCCGCUCCAGGUGGGAAUGACCUACGACAACCAUCUCCAUCUCAACACCUCCAGCAACCCAACUUCCUGCAACGACCAUCUCGCCCAAGCUCUGCGGAACCAAGAUCUCGCGCAUCGAGAUUCGCUGCUGAGGAACAAUCAGCGCAGGCGUAUGUUAGUCCAGCCAGGCGAAGACGACCUCAACCACCAGCGCCAGCUCCCGAGUCGAAUAUCGAUUUGUUCGACUCACCGGCUCCCUCGCAAGAGCCGAAGCCAGCGUCACCAGCUCAUGCCCCACAAAGGUCAGCGUCGGUCCCAGUACGCCCCAAGGCACCACCUCGGUCUAUACCGCCACUCUCACCACAAGCUCUUCAGUCCACUCACCGUCAUCGCGAGAAGGCGGCCGAGGCAUGGAAACGGGGUGAUUUCGCCGCUGCCCACGAAAGUUACUCUACUGCCCUGGGUAUGCUCCCCGAAAAGCAUCCAAUCACGAUCAUUAUCCGCAGUAAUCGUGCUAUGACCGGUCUACGCAUCGGUGAACCAAAGGCUGUUAUUGAUGAUGCCGAGACCAUGCUUGCCGUCAUCGGCCCCUCCAAAGGUGAAGCUGAAACGAUUGACCUUGGCAACGGUGAUUCGCCGAAGCCGAUGAAAGAUUUCUUCGGCAAGGCUUUGAUGAGAAAGGCGGAGGCUUUGGAACACCUCGAGCGAUGGGCAGAUGCGGCGCAGACAUGGAAGCUGGCAGUGGAGUCAGGACAUGGUGGAAGCACUAGUAUCCAAGGUCGUAACCGGUGCGAAAAGGCCGCUGGAAUCAGCAAAGCUCCACCAAAGCCGGCAGCACCUGCGAAGAAGCCCACGCCUGCACCCAAGAAGCCAUCUGCACUACCAGAUCUUUCCGGUUCUUCGGGAACUGGGCAAGAUUCUGAGGCCGUUAGCCGUCUUCGGGAGGCUAACAAGGCUGCUGAACGUGAGGAUGAUGAGAAAUUCGCACUAUCUGAAAGUGUUGAUUUGAGGAUCACCAAUUGGAAGAACGGCAAGCAAGACAACCUACGUGCACUGCUUGGUAGUUUGGACGCGGUGCUCUGGGCCGAGUCUGGGUGGAAGAAAAUUAGUCUUGCGGAGCUUGUAUUGCCGAACAAGGUCAAGAUUCAAUAUAUGAAGGGUAUUGCGAAGGUUCACCCUGAUAAGAUUCCCACCACCGCCACGACCGAACAGCGCAUGAUCUCUAGCGCAGUCUUCGGGACAUUGAACGAGGCAUGGGACAAAUUUCGAGUUGAGAACAACCUCUGA